AUGAGUGACGCUGCAGAAAUCCUUAAUUCAGUCAAGAUUGGUUUAAAUGUCGCCAUAUUUCUCCUGAACACUGAUCGUGGCCUACAAGCGACUGCGUUAUGUAAUGAAUGUAUAAUUCUACUUCAAAACCUUGUUUCUGGUGGUCACCUUAGUAUCUCCGAUGUACUAUUCAAUGCGUACCACCCCAUCUCUGGUUACACUGAUGCGGAAAGAUAUGUCACCACACUUCUUGACACGUUUCACCAUGCUGGGAGACUAACCAUAAUACUGGGAGACAAAUAUGAAGCACAAAGCCGGUUUGUUGAGGCAAAGCAACUCUUUCAAGGCGCACUCACCAUCAUGAAAACAAUUGGUCACAAAAGACAAGAAGCAAUGGCUCAUGUAAGACUUGGAAAUGUGUGUUCAAGCCUCAGUGAGUAUCAGAAGGCUAAAGAAUAUCACGAGAAGGCACUUGCCAUCGCGAUAGAAAUUGGCGACAGAAGUGGAGAAGGAACAACAUGCGGGAACCUCGGAAGUGUGUUUGAUUCCCUGGGCGAGUAUCGCAAGGCUAAAGAAUAUCACGAGAAAGCACUUGCCAUCGCGAUAGAAAUUGGCAACAGAUAUGGAGAAGAAACAACUUACACGAACCUCGGAAGUGUGUUUGGUUCCCUGGGCGAAUAUCACAAGGCUAAAGAAUAUCACGAGAAGGCACUUGCCAUCGCGAUAGAAAUUGGCGACAGAAGUGGAGAAGGAACAACAUGCGGGAACCUCGGAAGUGUGUUUGAUUCCCUGGGCGAAUAUCGCAAGGCUAAAGAAUAUCACGAGAAAGCACUUGCCAUCGCGAUAGAAAUUGGCAACAGAUAUGGAGAAGGAACAACAUACACGAACCUCGGAAGUGUGUUUCAUUCCCUGGGCGAAUGUCAAAAGGCUAAAGAAUAUCACGAGGAGGCACUUGCCAUCGCGGUAGAAAUUGGCGACAGAAAUGGAGAAGGAACAAGAUAUGGGAACCUCGGAAGUGUGUUUCAUUCCCUAGGCGAAUACCACAAGGCUAAAGAACAUCACGAGAAAGCACUUACCAUCGCGAUAGAAAUUGGCGACAGAGAAGGAGAAGGAACAACAUACGGGAACCUCGGAAAUGUGUUUCACUCCCUCGGCGAACAUCAGAAGGCUAGAGAAUAUCACGAGAAAGCGCUUGCCAUUGCAAUAGAAAUUGGCGCCAGAAGAGGAGAAGGUUUAGCAUACUUUAAUCUUGGAAAUGUUUACCGUAAGCUUCAUAAAAAUUUGCAAGCUAAAGAACAUUUGGACAAAGCAGUCGGCGUCAGUCUUACAAUUGGUGACGGAGAAUUAGGAGCCAUGGCCACUGUAGGUUUGGCAGCUGUCUUUGCUACUGUAAAUGACAGUCAGAAGGCAAAAGAAUACUGUGAGAAGGCGCUUACAAUCCGGAGAGAACGUGGCAAUCGAGAGUUCGAAGCACAACUUUACCUAAACCUUGGAAAUCUAUCCCUAUCGUUUGGUGAAUGUGGCAAAGCAGCAGAUUAUUUACAGAAAGCUUGUUCCAUCAGCAGCCAAAUUGGAAACAAAAUGAUUGAGUUUCAAAGCCUUCUCAGCUUUACAGUGUUAAAGAUAUCGCAAUCAGAAGCUUCGGAGGCAAUGGAUUAUCUGCUUCGUUGUAUUGAAAAAUAUGAACAAAUCAGAACUCUUUUGAAAGGAAACAGCGGAUUUCAAAUGUCUCUGUUAGAGAAUCACGGUACUUUUCCGUAUAUGUUACUCACUAACUUCCUUUGUGGCACUGGAAAAUUCCAAAAUGCUCUCUACGUUGAGGAGCUGGGACGAGCAAGAGUCCUCGCAGAAUUCAUGGCAGGCAAGUACUCCACUGAAAGCCACAUCUCAGCUGAUCCACCAUCAUGGUUUGGGAUUGAAAACAUCGUGAAAAGAGAAAGUAACUGUGUUUUUUUGUACAUUUCGUAUACAGAUCGGAAAGUUCUUCUCUGGGUAUUAAAAGCAAAUGGAGACAUUUUCUUUCGAAAAACAGACGAAGUGAAAGUAGAGACUCUCAUCGCUGAGAGAGUUUGCGAUGUGGAAGGAAUUUUCAAAAAGAGCGCUGCCUGCUUUGGUGUUUUACCCGCAGCGAACUGCGAAGAUCGAUCGCCGUAUGACCACGUUGCUGUGAAUGUUUGUGAUGUGGAAGACAUUUUCGAAAAGUGCACCACCUGCUUUGAUGUUUUACCCGCAGCGAACUGCGAAGAUCGAUCGCCGGAUGACAAAGUUACUACAUCUCUUCAUGAAGAGAGCCAAGCAAAUUUGCGAGGUAACGAAACCAAAGAUAACAGAGGAAGUCAUUAUUUGUGCUACGAAUGGAUCGUCGCACCUGUGGCAGAUUUACUUACGGAGCCCGAAAUCAUCAUUGUACCGGAUCGUUUUUCGUACCGAGUCCCAUUUGCUGCCUUGCGUGAUGAACCAGCCGGAAAGUAUUUAUCCGAGAGGUACAGAAUACGCAUCGUCCCUUCACUGACGACUCUCCGGCUCAUCCAAGAAUGUCCAGCAGACUAUCACAGACAAACCGGUGCACUGGUUGUGGGUGAUCCAACGGUUGGCAAAGUGCAUUACAAUGGACGUCUCACUGACAUGACUCCAAUUUUCUUUGCAAGUAAGGAAGCAGAGAUGGUUGCUCAACUGCUGGGCGUUCAGCCUUUGUUAGGAAGUCGCGCAACAAAGCAGGCGGUUCUUCAAGCAAUACCUUCAGUGAGUCUGAUACAUCUUGCCGCACAUGGAAAUGCCGAAAGAGGAGAGAUUGCCCUCUCUCCUCAAUGUACUACUAACAGUACUCCACAAGAGGAAGACUACCUCCUGACAAUGUCCGACAUUGAAGGAGUUCAAGUGCGAGCUAAACUGGUAGUACUUAGCUGUUCUCACAGUGGGCGCGGAUUGGUUAAAAAGGAAGGAGUUAUUGGAAUCGCUCGAGCAUUCUUAGCAUCCGGUGCACGUUCAGUGUUGGUAGCAUCGUGGGCUCUAGAAGACAAAGCAACGGUGAAGCUCAUGAAACAUUUCUAUAAACACCUUGUUCGUGGAGAAAGUGCCAGUGAAUCUCUUCACCAGGCUGUCCAAUGGAUGAGAAGCAAUGGUUACCCCAAACCUGCCCAAUGGGCUCCGUUUAUGUUGAUGGGGGAUAACGUGACAUUUGAUUUUAUGAAAAAAGGGUAA